AUGCCUUCCAUCAUUACUGUCCAGGAUGUUCAAGCCCUUAUGACGCUGAGCCAACGAGAGGCUGCUCAGGAGCUUGACAUCUCCUUGACAGCACUUAAAAAUGCCUGCAAGAAGUUGGGAAUGGGUUGCUGGCCUUACGUGAAGAAGGAAUACCACGGUGCAAAGAACGAGGGCAUCGAAACGUAUUCACGCAUGCAUGAUCGACAACGAUCGACGGAAGAAGACGAGAGGGAGGAGAAAGGAGAGCAAGAAGAGCAAGAAGAGCUGAUGAAGAAUUUCAGGACAUGGCGUACGCCAGAUCUCUUAGAUGAAAUUAUUCAUAUGAUGGAUACCGCUAGAAAGUAA